AGGAGGAGGAAAGUAGGUCAGUGUAUUCCUACUGCCUACCACUGUUCCUAUCCGCAUCAGUGCACAUGUGCUGCCUUUCCACACGUACUGUGCCUGUCGAUGGAUCUGUGAGAAAAAGCCCAGCUCUGACAUAAGGAGGCCAGUCCACUUCCUGCACCACUCAUUCAGAUCUGGGUCACUGCUGGAAAGAAACUGAGUGAUAUGUUUUGAGGAUAGCCGGCCUAAUGAAUAUUUGUGGUGAACUAAUGGCAGACCAAAGAAUGGACAUUUCCUCCACGAUGAACGAGUUCUUGUCUCCCGGCUCCACUGAUCUAAUCAGCUCGAUCGGCACACCCGGCAUGGACUACACACGCAAGAGAAAAAGCAGCACCACAGACUACCAAAUUGAUGACUUUUCUUUUGAGGAUAGCAUGGACACAGGCAAUGAUAGACUUGGUGAUCAUCAAGGCCGGAUAAAAAAUGCCAGGGAGGCCCACAGUCAGAUUGAGAAGAGACGCAGGGACAAGAUGAACAGCUUCAUAGACGAGCUGGCCGCACUAGUGCCUACAUGCAACGCUAUGUCCCGUAAACUGGACAAACUAACAGUCCUGCGCAUGGCUGUCCAGCACAUGAAGACCUUAAGAGGUGCUGCUAACCCCUACACUGAAGCUAUCUACAAACCAGCCUUCCUGUCAGACGACGAACUGAAGCACUUAAUACUGAGGGCAUCUGAUGGCUUUCUGUUUGUUGUUGGCUGCGAUCGCGGGAAGAUACUGUUUGUUUCGGAGACGGUCUACAAAAUCCUAAACUUCAGCCAAAAUGACCUGAUUGGCCAGAGCCUAUUUGAUUACCUGCAUCCUAAAGACAUUGCCAAAGUCAAGGAGCAGCUGUCCUCAUCGGACACGGCGCCGCGGGAGCGCCUCAUCGAUUCCAAAACUGGCCUUCCAGUAAAGACAGACAUUACCCCCGGCCCAUCCAGACUUUGCUCUGGAGCCAGGCGAUCCUUCUUCUGCAGGAUGAAGUGCAAUCGGCCCCUCAUCAAAAUGGAGGACAAGGACUUCCCAUCCACCUGCUCCAAGAAGAAAGCUGACCGUAAGAGCUUCUGCACAAUACACAGUACUGGCUACCUGAAGAGCUGGCCGCCUACCAAGAUGGGUCUGGAUGACGACAAUGAACCAGACAACGAGGGCUGCAACCUCAGUUGUCUGGUGGCCAUUGGACGGCUGCAUCCCCACAUUGUCCCUCAGCCAAUGAACAAUGAGAUCCGUGUCAAGCCCACUGAGUAUGUCUCGCGCCAUGCCAUCGACGGGAAGUUUGUCUUUGUUGAUCAGAGGGCCACUGCCAUUUUGGCUUAUCUACCCCAAGAGUUGCUGGGUACAUCGUUUUAUGAGUACUUUCAUCAAGAUGACAUAGGGCACCUUGCGGAAUGUCAUAGACAAGUGCUCCAGAUGCGGGAGAAGAUCAAUACAAACUGCUACAAGUUCAAAAUAAAAGACGGCUCCUUUAUCACGCUGAGGAGUCACUGGUUCAGUUUUAUGAACCCUUGGACCAAAGAGGUGGAGUACAUUGUCUCCACCAACACUGUGGUCUGCGGCAGCGUGCCUGAAGGAUCUGAUGGCAUCUAUCCUCAGCUCGCUGCCUCCCCCCAGAGCAUGGAUAGUGUACUCACAGACGGAAACGGGAAGCGGGCCCUCCAGACUGUGCCUGGCAUCCCCGGUGGCACAAGGGCAGGGGCGGGAAAGAUCGGCCGGAUAAUCGCAGAGGAGGUGAUGGAGAUCCAGAGGAUAAGAGGUUCCUCGCCCUCCAGCUGUGGCUCCAGUCCUCACAACUUCACCAGCACUCCACCCCCAGACAUGUCGUCCCCAGGGGGAAAGAAGAUACAGAACAGUGGAACUCCAGAACAUCCCUCAGCAGGGCUGAUACCGGGACCAGACUCUGUAGGCUAUCCAUACUCCAACAACUCCAAUCUAAGUGAUAACUCUCACAUUGGCAUUGACAUCAUGGAUGAGCCAGGCUCCAGUAGCCCGAGUAAUGACGAGGCAGCCAUGGCUGUGAUCAUGAGCCUUCUGGAGGCAGACGCAGGGUUGGGAGGCCCAGUGGACUUCAGUGACCUGCCCUGGCCACUGUGAGGACUGUCAGGCUAAGGCAAGGCCUCCUAAAUGAGCUGAACAUGGUAGAGUAAGGGCUGGGUGUUACAGUAUUCACAUUGUGUCAGAGAGCCAUAUCAACAGGGCUAAUGUGACUGUAGCCUCACAGUAAGGCUGAAUGCAGGCGGGCCCUGAAAAGGAAGGAAUACUAGGCCUGGGAUCGGCCAUGAUGUCCUUCAGUGCGGUUGGGGAAAAGUGAAACUGCCUCAUUACUCAUGUAGUAUUAUUGUACCAGUUAUCCGGGUUUUUCUAUGUCCAUUCAUCCUCACAGGCAUUGAACCCAGCUCUUUUAUAAUGGCAUUAGUUUUUGUGUUUUUACACUUCAAAAUAAUGUUAAUAUUUCUAAAGAAAAUUGUAUCAUACAUGUUUAUUCUAAUUCUCUAAAUAUAUAUGUAAAAGUGUAGUCAGCAGUGAAUUAUUUUUUAAAUAAACUUCCUCUAUUGCUUA